CAUCGGAUCUAUUUGAAGUGCCACUCAUCCCUCAGAAAAACAGUGUUAGUAUUUUCUCUCACAAAUUGAUUCUGUGGUCCGAAUUGGAGUUCCUAAAUCAUGGCUACACAAGGUCAAGUCAUCACCUGCAAAGCUGCGGUGGCCUGGGAACCCAACAAGCCUCUGGUGAUCGAGGAUGUGCAGGUAGCUCCACCGCAGGCCGGUGAAGUCCGUGUUAAAGUUCUCUAUACUGCUCUCUGCCACACUGAUGCUUAUACCUGGAGUGGCAAGGAUCCUGAAGGUCUCUUCCCAUGUGUGCUUGGUCAUGAGGCUGCAGGGAUUGUAGAAAGUGUCGGUGAAGGAGUGACUGAGGUUCAGCCAGGGGACCAUGUUAUACCUUGUUACCAGGCUGAAUGCAGAGAAUGCAAGUUCUGCAAAUCAGGAAAGACCAACCUUUGUGGUAAAGUAAGGGCGGCUACUGGGGUAGGAGUUAUGAUGAACGACCGCCAGAGUCGAUUUUCUAUCAAUGGAAAGCCAAUCUAUCAUUUCAUGGGAACUUCAACCUUCAGUCAGUACACUGUUGUCCAUGAUGUUAGUGUUGCAAAGAUUGACCCAGUAGCUCCUCUGGAGAAAGUCUGCCUUCUUGGAUGCGGUGUUCCAACCGGCCUUGGAGCUGUUUGGAACACUGCAAAAGUUGAACCAGGUUCCAUUGUUGCUGUCUUUGGCCUGGGCACAGUUGGUCUUGCUGUGGCGGAGGGUGCAAAGGCUGCUGGUGCUUCGCGAAUUAUUGGGAUUGAUAUUGACAGCAAAAAGUUUGAUAGAGCCAAAAAUUUUGGUGUGACUGAAUUCAUCAACCCCAAAGAGCAUGAGAAACCAAUACAGCAAGUCAUUGUGGAUCUUACAGAUGGUGGUGUUGAUUACAGUUUUGAGUGCAUUGGAAACGUCUCGGUUAUGAGGGCUGCUUUAGAGUGCUGUCACAAGGGGUGGGGAACCUCAGUGAUUGUGGGUGUUGCUGCAUCUGGUCAGGAGAUAUCCACUCGUCCAUUUCAGCUGGUGACUGGCCGUGUCUGGAAGGGAACCGCAUUUGGUGGUUUCAAAAGCCGUUCACAAGUUCCUUGGCUCGUGGACAAGUAUUUGAAGAAGGAAAUCAAGGUGGAUGAAUACAUAACUCAUAAUAUGACGCUUACGGACAUAAACAAAGCUUUUGACCUGAUGCAUGACGGGAGCUGUCUCCGUGUUGUACUGGAUAUGUUCGUAUGAAGUCUUUAUGCUCUUUAUGUUGCUGACUUGCUGGUUUUGUGCUAUUGCUCCGACAGUAUUUCUCUUUCCUUCCCUAAGUAUCUGUGUGGAAUAAAAAGGAAGUGGAAAAAAAGAGUAUCAAGGAGGGCCAGAGGAACUCUUUUAAAAUGGAUGGUUUUUAUUAUGUUCUGGUGGUUUUGUAGUACAUCUUUCAAGUUAAAGCUCUACUUUCAAGACUCAGCCAUCAUUGCUGAUUUUGGACGAAGUCUGGUAUCUUUGCAUCAAAGGAUCCUCCCUAUUUUUAAGUACAAUAGCUUAUAUCUUUGCCGUCG